AUGAUUAUCACACCGUUUGGAUCUCAAUUUGAUGGUGAAAAACAAACUCAACAUCAUCAAAACAAUAACAACAACAAAUUUUAUAACGGUGGUGUUGUCAAUGGUGGUGGUCAUUUAAACAAUCAUCAUCAUAUUCAUCAUCAAAAGAAUCAAAUGAGAACCAACAAUCAUCAUGGUCAUCAUCAACAUAAUCAAAAAUAUCAACAUCCACAAGUUGCUACUGGUGGUAACGCCGUUGUUGGUAAUUUACAUGUUAAUGGUAAUGGUAUUAACACUGUUUCUGGUGUAAACAAUGUUAAUAGUCGUAUUGGUGGUCAAACACAUGGGUUGGCUAAUGUUCAAGUUCCAACACCAGCUCCUACACCAAUGGUUGCUCAACAACAAAAGGGAUUUCAAGGUGCUCAAGUUGUUCCUGCUUAUGCAUCUACAGUUCCAAAUCAAGUUCAAUUUCAACAACAAGUUCAACAACAAGCUCAAAUUUUGGGUAAUAAAGCUUUGUUACAACAUCCACAACCUCAAUUUUAUCAACAAGGUUUCCAACAACAACCUAAAGCUCAUCAAUUAACUCCAACAUCUUCCUCCUCAUCAAAUGGUUACCCAAGUGUUGUUGCAGCUUCACCAGAUAAUUUUGUUGAAGAACUUGUUUCAAAUUCAAGAUUUGAUCCUUUUAAUGCUAAUUCAACUACAUUAUCAUCAUCUGUUAGUUCAAAUGGUGGUUCAACAAGUUCAUAUGGUUCAAACUAUAAUGAUGAUUUAUUGAAUAAGGAUUUAUUUAAUGCUACAAAUGCUAAUACUAAUGUCAAUGUUAAUUUACCUAAUGAAUUUCAAAAUAAGGUUAAUCCUACUAAUAACAAUUUAACUUUUAAUGACAAUAAUAACAAUGGGUUUAAUAAUAACAAUAAUAAUCGUUCAGAUAAAAAUUUUGGUUGGUUAAAUAUCUGGGGUAAUGAUAUGUCUGUUUGGGGUUAA